AUGAGCGUUUAAACAACUGAGCAAAAGAAAGAAGAGUUCCGUAAAUAUCUUGAAAAGGCAGGAGUUGUCGACCAAUUGACAAAGGUACUUGUUGGUCUUUAUGAAGAACCAGAAAAGCCAUCAAAUGCUAUUGAGUUCAUCAAGAAAUGCUUAGGCGCUCCAUCUGAUACUGACGUCGAACAAUUGAAAGCUGAUAAUGAAGAGCUAAGAAGAUAACAACAUGAAAUGGAAAAGAAAAUUGAAGCCCUUUAGAGAGAACUUGAGCACGAAAGAGCUAAAUAAUGA